UACGGGCCUGAACUUCAAGGGAUCACCCUUGUUAGUCAAAGUUUUGAGAGUUUUUCUGAAAUGAAAUGAACCCUGGUUGGUGGAAAUCAGGGCUGCUGACAAGAAGUUGGGCUUUGUGUUCCCUGCAUUAGUAUCACUCUGGAUUUGGAAUAGAUUACACAAAUAGCGUGGGUGGUGUUAGUCUAAUUACAGUAAUCUCUGCUCAACAAUACCAUAAAACUAAACAUCAUUAUAUGGAGAAAGUUUUUUUUGUGAAAAACUUAAAUGUAAGUGUUGUUUAGAAAAUGUACAGAUGUUGUGUGUUCUUUUCAAUAACAACACAUUUUGAAUCGAUAUACAACAACAAAAAAUAUAAUUAUUAUUUUUUUUCUAUCAGAAGUAACUCCUCUCCAAGAUUUCUAGCUUGACUUACAAGUACAUAUAUAGUGAUCUUCCCGUGAGGUGGGUGGCUGAUCUUAGUUUUUUAGGUAUGAGUAGGAUGUAUUUUUAGGUUCAGUGUUUAAGAUGGCAAUGUUGUUGAUGUGAAAUUUGUUCAAACCAGUCAACAGGAUAAAUGCAACCUAUUCAGAUUUAAAUACAACAUACACCGUCACUUAACUUUACAUUAGACCAGUCGGGAUGAUAAAAUCAUUCAAACUGUUCAGUGAUCUUCUAAAUUAAGCUGUUUGUAAAUAGACUAUAGAGCAAUGAAUAGUGUACUUUGUAAGGAUCGGACACAAUGCUAUCUGCAAUAGUUUCAUUAAUGGUAACCUAUUAAACACUGCAUUGAUGAAAUGAUUCAUAGAGAAUAUUCCUGUCAUUUGUCACACUUGUUGUUCUAUCAAGCACUGGAUGAAUAGGCAAAAAGACAAGAGAGAAUGGCAAAGAUUUGUACGGAGCACUCCUACCCAUCCCGGCACCGGCUCACAGUUCGAGCUUCUGAUGAGGAACUGAACUUGACUGAAAAUGGAGCAAGCAGAGCACAUUCGCUCUGUGAGGACACCUCUGACAUGCAGGGAAUUGUUACUGGAACAAGCCAGCUUCAGGACUCCAGGAGAAGUUCUUUCACAGGUGCAGGGGCUAUGGCAAGACUCACUCACUUCCUGGUUAUGCUGAGGACCUGGGCAUCUCACAGGCUUCACAGAGAGGUUGAGCGUCCUGACUCCUUCUUGGAGCGUUUCCGAGGACCAGACCUCAAAGACUUAUCUAGCCGAGGAAGUAAUGCCCAUUCCUCUGUAGGUCUUCCUGACAGGCCUCAUAAGAGGAUAAAAGCCAAACAUUGGCCUUUGGCACCUUACAACAUGAACAACUGCAACAAUACUGAUGACAAAAAGGAAGAGAAAAAGGAGGAAAUAAAAAAAGAUGGAGACAAGGAGGAGAAAAAAGAUGAGAAAAAGGAAGAGAAAAAAGAGGAGAAUAAAGAUGAGAAAAAGGAAGCGAAAAAAGACGAGAAAAAGGAGGAGAAAAAAGACGAAAAGAAAGAUGAUAAAAAGAAAGAUGCUCCUCCCCCACCGAAAGAAGUUUGGAUCAUGGAUCCAUCCUCAGACAAAUAUUACAGAUGGCUCUCAAUCAUAGCAGCGCCUGUUUUUUACAACCUCAUUAUGCUUGUUACAAGGGCUUGUUUCAAUGAGCUUCAGAACUCUUAUACGAUUCUUUGGAUCAUCCUGGACUACAGCUCAGAUGUGAUCUACUACAUGGACACGUUUGUCAGAUCAAGAACAGGUUUCUUGGAGCAGGGCCUUCUUGUUAAAGAUGGCAAGAAGCUGCGAGACCAUUACAAAACAAUCCCACAGUUCAAAUACGACAUGAUUUCAAUGAUCCCCACAGAUUUAAUAAUGUUGAAAGUGGGAUUCAACAAUCCUGAACUUCGCUUCAACCGUCUCUUCAAAAUGGCACGCCUAUUUGAGUUCUUCGACCGCACGGAAACCAGAACAAACUAUCCGAACAUUUUCCGUAUCAGCAACCUUGUGCUCUACAUCCUCAUCAUUAUUCACUGGAACGCUUGCAUAUUCUUUGCCAUUUCCAAAACUAUCGGCUUUGGGACCGACACAUGGGUAUAUCCAAACAUAAGCCACCCUGAAUAUGGCCGCUUAGCCAGAAAAUACAUCUACUGUCUGUAUUGGUCCACUCUCACUCUUACCACCAUUGGAGAAACUCCUCCACCAGUUAAAGACUUUGAAUAUUUGUUCGUCGUUGCCGACUUUCUCAUCGGAGUGUUGAUUUUUGCUACCAUCGUCGGUAAUGUAGGUGCAAUGAUCUCCAACAUGAACGCUUCUCGUGCUGAGUUCCAGGCCAAGAUCGAUUCCAUCAAGCAAUACAUGCAGUUCCGUAAAGUCAGCAAAGAUCUGGAGGCUCGGGUCAUCAAAUGGUUUGACUACCUCUGGACGGAGAAGAAAACGUGCGAUGAGAAGGAAGUCUUGAAGAACCUUCCAGAUAAGCUCAAAGCGGAGAUAGCCAUCAACGUCCAUCUGGACACGUUGAAGAAGGUUCGGAUCUUCCAGGAUUGCGAAGCCGGACUGCUUAUUGAGUUGGUGCUGAAGUUGCAGCCACAGGUUUUCAGUCCUGGAGAUUACAUAUGUAAAAAGGGCGACAUCGGACGAGAAAUGUACAUCAUCAAGGAAGGGAAGCUUGCUGUAGUGGCUGAUGACGGCGUCACGCAAUUUGUGGUGCUCAGCGACGGUGCCUACUUUGGAGAAAUCAGCAUUCUUGGAAUUAAGGGCAGUAAGGCUGGAAACAGGAGAACAGCAAACAUUCGUAGCGUUGGCUAUUCAGAUCUUUUCGCCCUUUCGAAAGACGACCUGAUGGAGGCGCUGACCGAGUACCCUGACGCCAAAAAAGCCCUGGAGGAGAAAGGAAAGGCCAUCCUGAGGAAGGAUAACCUUCUUGAUGAGGCUGUGGCAAGCGCAGGUGCUGAUCCCAAAGGUCUGGAAGAGAAGAUUCACCGUCUAGAGGGAAGCCUUGAUAUCAUGACCUCCAAAUUUGCCAAGCUGAUGGCAGAGUACACGUCUUACCAGAGCAAGAUCAAGCAGAGGAUCACCAACAUGGAGAGUAAAGUUAAAACACUACGAGUUGAGGAUCUGUCUGAGGUGGUCGAGGACAAGAAAGAUGAUGACAAGAAGGCAAAAUAGUCCAAGCACAGACAUUGGGGUUAAUGGGGUUUUAGGGUCCAUGUACAUAUUUCUUAUAGCACAUUACUUUGAAAAGGUUUAUACUUAUCUAUUUAUACAUUUUACAUAUGACAUGGUAUUCAUUUCCACAUGUGUUCAAAUAUAAUUUCAAUGCCGUAUAUUAUUCAAUAUGAUAUAUUGAAGAGCUCAGAUGAUAAUUAUUAACAUACGAUGCAGGAUCUUUGAUCUUUAUCAUCAAAAGAAAGUAUCACUGGUACCUUCUUGCAUGAUGUAAGAAUGUAUUCUUUGUUGACACAUGACUAAGUCUAAACUUUAGACAGAAGUUGAAAAAGAGUGAACACAAUUUGUUAACUCUUUUUCACAUGCUAUCCACAUUUUAUGCUUCUAUAAUAAACAUUCUAACAAAUGUGCCAUGCUUGGUAAAUAGUUCUGGUUUAUAUGAAAAUGCUUUUGAAUGACACAAUUUAAACAAUGUAGAAUUUAAAAAGUGCUAGGGACUUUGUGGGGUGUGUGUUGCUCAAGGAUCCAAAUUUAGAUCUAAAGGGGUCACAACAUGAGUUUUUAUUUAAUUCUCAGAGGUGUAACUUUAAUUAUAAUUUUUCCCCAAAACGUACUAAAUUCAAUUUUACACUAAGGUCACUUUACAAUGAUUUCUGUUACUGAGAUUCAUGAAUUAAUCUUAAUCUUUUGUGUUUAAUGUUUAAAAUGACUUUUGCAGACAAAAUAUAAUUGUGCCAACAGAUAAGGUUUGUUUAUUAGAAAACAUAAUACUUUUUUUAUGGAUUACUUGGACCAAAUGUGUGUAUAACCAGUGUCUUGGACCAGAUCCUGUUCUUUUGUGCAAUGUAAUAAAAACUCAAGAAUGAACGCAUCAGUUACAACGUAUUUAAAUGAAAUGCGGUACAGUUUGCAGGAUUCUUGCUUGUCCCAUAACAAUUAGCAUGCAAGUCAGUACUGACAUGAUUUGGGCAUUGGUUAAA